AUGAGACUCCAGCCUUGCGAAAGGCCAUCUUCUGUGGUGAAGAAGCAGUCAGUGGCGAAGAGACGUAAACUCAUCCUCAUCACUGUACUUCCUGUUAUGGGAGCACUAGUACUACUCUGUGCUUUCAUUGGUGUUCUCUUUAUGUGUGAUAAAAGAAGGAAAGUUAGAGACGUUGAAAGACGUGAUGAUGGUUGGAUUUCGAUAUCCAUGUUAGAUGGAAAGGCAUUGUACAGAGAUAUCUUAAACGCCACACAGGAUUUUGAUGCUACAUUUUGCAUCGGGCAAGGAGGGCAUGGUAGCGUUUACAAGGUAAACCUUCCAUCAUUAGGGAAUAUAGCUGUGAAGAGACUUCAUUCUUCAUUUGAGAAUAAACAUCCCAAAAGCUUCAUGAAUGAAGUAAGGGCAUUGAUUGGGAUUAAGCAUCGGAACAUCGUGAACCUCUACGGCUAUUGUUCGAAUGCACAAAACUCAUUGUUGGUUUACGAGUAUGUGGAGAGGGGGAGUCUGUCUAGUAUUUUGAGCAAUGAAGUUGAGUCCAAGAAAUUGGAUUGGCUUAAAAGGGUGAAUAUCAUCAAAGGUGUUGCUUAUGCUUUAUCUUACUUGCACCAAGAUUGUUCACCAUUGAUUGUUCAUCGAGACAUAUCAAGCAGUAAUGUUUUGCUUGAUUCUGAGUAUGAAGCUCGUGUUUCAGAUUUUGGCAUAGCUAAGCUUCUCAAGCCAGACUCAUCCAAUUGCACUACACUUGCAGGCACGUAUGGCUAUGUUGCACCUGAGCUUGCAUAUACAAUGAGCGUUACACAAAUGUGUGAUGUCUAUAGCUUUGGAGUAUUAGUAUUGGAGAUAAUCAAAGGAAAGCAUCUUGGGGAAUACAUUACUGUGCUAGCAAAUUCAUCGACUAGAGAUCAUGUGCAGCUUAGCGAUUUGCUAGACGAACGCCUUCCGUAUCCUGAAGAUAGAGUAAAAGAGGUUUUGUUUUUUAUCAUCAAGCUAGCAAGUUCUUGUUUGCUUGAAACUCCAAAAUCAAGGCCAACAAUGCACUUCAUCUCUAAUAGGUUAUCAUCAAUGAAUCCACGUCCACCUACUCAUGUAAGGCGAGCUAUAUAA